AUGGUUCAAGCACACAACAAUCCAUGGGCCAAGCGUGAUGCUUGGAGAUACGAGGGCCAGUUUAGUCGGUACAACAGAUUCAGAAAUGCAUUUCCAGGUUUGGGUAUAGCUAUUGUUGCAUUUAGUGGCUAUUGUCUAGCUGAGAAGUUCUUGUUCCCACCAAAACACGACGAUCACCACGAAGCCGGUCACGAAGAGCACCACUAA